AGUCUUCAGCUUUAGCCCUGGGACUUUGUGGUGUUCUUGUGCCAUGACGGGCGCAAGAGGGCUUCACCCCAUGGCAAUCUCUUUCGCGGUGACUUCGCGCCCAUGAGCCCAGUUCCAGGCUCCGCCCGAGACCUCCACCAUGAAGACUACGACAGCUUGGGCUGUACUGGAAGCCUCCUUUGUCUCGGUGAGGAGGAGGUCUCAAGCUGGAGAUAUGUGGGCGAAGGCAAAGGGCACUACAUGAUUGUGAAUGACUACAAGAGCGUGGGAGAGAAGAAGGGCUCCUACAGCCCUCGUUUCGAGAGGACCUACACACGCUUUCGUCCACGGCUUUCUGUGGUCUCUGCGUGCUUCAUCCUCGUGGCCUUGACGAUCCUGGGCGCCGUCGCGGUGGCUCAGGCGCACAGCCGACUUGCUGAUGGGCGGAGCGCUUUGCGUCACGCGAAGCACCCAGGUGCUUUGGGUGCCUACAACUGCCAAGCUGAUGGGUCCACACUCCCGAUGAUCAAAACGCUCAUUCAUGCAGCCCAGAGGUGCGAGCAUGCUGACCAAGACGGAAACAUUCUGAUGAGCAACCUGAAUUCCUGCCAGGAGCUGCCACCAACUAUUUUGGGUCGAUUGGAGGAUGGCGAUCUGAAUGGUGAUGGGAUGCUGGACGGACAGGAGUUCCAAGAUGCCUUGAGAUCUGGACGCAUGGACAUUUCGGACGUGAUCUUCAAUACCGUUGACACCGAUGGCGAUCAGCGCGUGAAUGAAGCGGAGCUCCAGCGUGCGCGCGAGCAACGGGCCGUGCCGGACGUGCUGGCCGACGCGCUCUGGGCCUCGGACCAUAACUCCGAUGGAGUCAUCGGCAAGAACGAGUUCAAGAGCGUUUCGCAGCCGUUCAUGCAAGGCCCUGCAGUGGACCUGGCGAAAGCAGCCUGGGCCAUACUGGAUGGGAACGGCGAUGGCAUUGUGUCCAAAAACCGACUGCAAAGCACUGCUGUCUGGGCGAACUUGCCAUCUGACGCCUUCCUCCGGCUACUGCCGCCGGGUGAGUCCAGCCUCAGCGAACAGGAAUUCUUCACGGCCACGGCCUCGAUCCCUGCGACGGCCUGGACUGAGCGGCAGCGGCAAUGGUGUUGCGCCAAUCAAGGAGUUUGCGUCACCACCGUCACAAGCAGUACCACGCUGCCACCAUUCAGGAAUAUCAAGCCCUUGCACAACUGCCAUGCUGGUUAUGAUGACUGGUGGCAUAACUGGGACUUCGACAAGCAAACCUGGUGUUGCAGUCACUUUGCUCGCGGUUGUCCUUCCUGGACCUUGCCUCCCAGCAAAACUGCUGAGACCUUCGACUGUGAUUCCGGGUACGCCCACUGGAAGAGCGGAUGGUCGCCACCCAAGAAACUCUGGUGCUGUAGGCAUCAGCAACGUGGUUGCGCAGUCUAUGACUGCCACCACCGUGAAGAAACCUGGAUGAUUGACUGGACGCCUGGAAAGAAGGACUGGUGUUGUCAGCACUCUGGACUCGGGUGUUCCUCCCAAGCGGCCGCCGUGGCGGCGGCAGCCGCGGCUGCGGCCGCUGCGCGGGCAGCAACCUUUGAUUGUCACGCAGGGCUUCAGCAUUGGCGGAGUCUUUGGUCAUCUCCGAAGAAGGCUUGGUGCUGCGACCACUAUCAUGUUGCGUGCCACCCAGAGGCAUCACAUGAGGUGGCGCCAAGCCGCAGAAAGACCAAAGCCGCUCAAGCCUUCGACUGCCGUGCUGGUGCUGACAAGUGGCGGGAAGCGUGGUCACAUCAGCAGCAGGCCUGGUGUUGCGCUCACGAGCAGAUGGGUUGCGCAGAAAGCAGCCAUGCAACGAGCGCAAAUCCCUUCGAUUGUAGUGCAGAUAUUGACUCUGACAAGUGGACUGAUCACCAGAAGGCUUGGUGCUGCGACCACUACCACAUCGCUUGCGAAGCAACCCACUCACACUCAGUUCGAAGUCAUGCGAAGAGCGCACACGCCUUCGACUGCAGUGCAGAUGUUGACAAGUGGACAGACCAUCAAAAGGCUUGGUGUUGCGACCACUACCAGAUUGGUUGCGAAGCAAAAAGAGAAGUACAUGCCACGCUCGGAAGUCAAAAGAAAGAAGACUCUUUCGAUUGCAGCGCUGGGGUGAAGAAGUGGAGGGAAGGAUGGUCCAGCAGCAAGAAGGCUUGGUGUUGUGAUAAGUACCACAUCGCGUGUGAAGCAACACACGGACAUCAUGCACAAAGUGCUGUUGGAACUCAUGCGAAGAGUGGCAACCCCUUCGACUGCAGCCUUGAGCAUGUCUCUUGGAGCCCUCGAAAGAAGGCCUGGUGCUGUAUUCAUCAGAAGAUCGGUUGUCCCGACAAGGAGGACGACUAUGAUUGUAGCAUUGGCCUAGCAAACUGGGAAAGUCACUGGUCCUCGGGGAAGAAGAAGUGGUGCUGUCAUCACUAUGAUCGAGGCUGUGAUUAUGAUUGCAGUGCUUUGCUGCAUCGUGACAGCUGGUCCGAGGACCAAAAGGCUUGGUGCUGUCGGCACAAGGGCAAGGGAUGCCCAGGGAGUCCGUUGCCACGCUUCGAUUGCAGUGAUGGCUUGCAUGAGGAGUGGGCAGGUGACAAGAAGGACUGGUGCUGCAAGCAAGAGCAAGUGGGCUGUGCGAGUCAUGAGAGCUACGAUUGCAGCCACGGCUAUUCCAACUGGCGACAUGCCUGGUCCGAUGACAAGACGGACUGGUGCUGCAGGCAUAAGAAUCGUGGAUGCGAGCAUGACUGCCGCGAAGACAUGUUGCACUGGAAGACCCAUUGGUCUUCCAGUCGGAAGAAGUGGUGCUGCGACCAUGUGGGUUUCGGUUGUGAAAGGUGAUCCCAAGUUUCACGUGAUCGAAGUAGCGGUCCUAAAUUCGGCCAACAUGCAAAGAGUGCAUGUCUUCGGCAUAGUGCAGGACAUGUCGAUGCGGGGAGAGCGGGAGUUGAGACAUGGAAUUGAGACAAUUUGUUCAGCGGCUGCAAAAGAAAGCUCUGCAACCAGUUUGUUCUUCUUGCAUGAAAUGCUAAGGGUGUUCUCUUCGGAGUGUUCUCUUCGGAUCGAGAAGGGCAACUGGUGAGACUGGCUCAACAUCCCCUCCCUUGAACCCACAGACUGGAGCAAAGACUCCCAAAGUCACGCUGGGGGUUCAUAUGUGUCGGUGUAGGCGGUGUGUUCAUGUUCGGGUGAAAA